AUGGUUGGAAAUAAGCGCUUCGUCCCUCCUGUUAAGAAGAACAUUGGAAAAUCGGCAUACAAUCAUGGAAACGUGUGUCGAUUCUGUGGGAGGAGGCAUGGGAAUGGCCCUUGCCUAAGUGGGAUUGGAGCUUGUUUUGGAUGUGGGCAACAUGGUCAUCAAGUGAGGAAUUGCCCAAACCGACCUAUUGGACCACAAGUGCAACUGCAACAAUCCCGAGUAGGACAACAAGCUGGGAAUGGUCUGCCUAUCAAUCAGAAUCGACCACAGGCGCAAGGAAGGGUGUAUGCUGUGGCAAGGAAGGAAGUGGAGGAUUCGCUUGGCAUGGUCACGGAUACGGUCUCUCUUCAAGAUCAUGCUGUUUAUGCAUUGUUUGAUUCGGGGGCUUCACAUUCAUUUGUUUCUGAGCAAUUCAUUAAGUUAGUUGGGCUUAAGUUGAAAUCUUGGGAAGUAACUCUUCGCGUUAUCACCCCUUUAAAGGAUGAAGUGUUAAUUACGGUAAGGUGCUUAGGCUGUAAGAUAGUUAUUGGUGGUAAGGAGGAAGUGAUAGAUUUGGCGGUUUUGGCAAUGUAUGACUUUGAUGUCAUCAUCGGGAUGGAUUGGCUCGUUAAGUAA